AUGGGCAGAGCGGCGCUCACCGCUGAUGGCGCCGUGUCUGGGCGGACGCGCAGCCUGGGGCGGACGCGCAUCCUGGCUGGGUCCCACCACUACAACCACAUUAUAGAAACCAGCAACAGCCACAAAAUCUCGUGCUGGUUUCUCUCUUUUAAGGAUCUUUAUGCAUUAGACCUAGAACCAUACCGCUACUCCGGAGUGAACCUGACCGGCUUCCGGAUCCUCAACGUGGAGAACCCGCACGUGUCCUCCAUCAUCGAGAAGUGGUCCAUGGAGCGGCUGCAGUCGGCGCCCAAGGCAGAGCUGGGGCUGCUCGACGGCGUCAUGAUGACAGACGCUGCCCUGUUAUACGACGCCGUGCACGUGGUCUCCGUCUGCUACCAGCGCGCCCCGCAGAUGACCGUGAACUCCCUGCAGUGCCAUCGGCACAAAGCCUGGAGGUUCGGUGGCCGCUUCAUGAAUUUUAUAAAAGAGGCCCAAUGGGAAGGAUUAACGGGACGAAUUGUCUUUAAUAAAACUAGUGGUUUACGGACCGAUUUUGAUUUGGAUAUCAUCAGCCUCAAAGAAGAUGGCCUUGAAAAGGUUGGAGCGUGGAGCCCUUCUGAUGGUUUGAACAUCACAGAAAUUUCCAAAGGACGAGGGCCUAAUGUCACAGACUCGCUGAGCAACAGAUCUCUCAUUGUCACCACCGUCCUGGAAGAGCCCUUUGUCAUGUUCCGUAAGUCGGACACGGCCCUGUUCGGGAACGACCGCUUUGAGGGUUACUGCAUCGACCUGCUGAAGGAGCUGGCCAUCAUCCUGGGCUUCACCUAUGAGAUCCGGCUGGUGGAGGACGGGAAAUACGGGGCGCAGGACGAGAAGGGGCAGUGGAACGGGAUGAUCAAGGAGCUCAUCGACCACAAAGCGGACCUGGCCGUCGCUCCCCUCACCAUCACCCACGUUCGGGAGAAAGCCAUCGACUUCUCCAAGCCCUUCAUGACGCUGGGGGUCAGCAUCCUGUACCGCAAACCCAACGGGACCAACCCCAGCGUGUUCUCCUUCCUCAACCCCCUGUCUCCCGACAUCUGGAUGUACAUCCUCCUCGCCUACCUGGGGGUCAGCUGCGUGCUCUUUGUUAUCGCCAGGUUCAGCCCAUACGAGUGGUACGAUGCUCAUCCCUGCAACCCGGGAUCAGACAUCGUGGAGAAUAACUUCACCCUAUGGAAUGGUGAAGAAGCAGGAGCUGGAGCAGAACUUCGACAAGGCUCCGAGCUGAUGCCCAAAGCACUGUCUACACGGAUCAUUGGUGGCAUAUGGUGGUUCUUCACCCUAAUUAUCAUCUCGUCCUACACGGCCAACCUUGCCGCCUUCCUGACGGUAGAGAGGAUGGAAUCCCCCAUCGACUCGGCAGAUGACUUGGCAAAGCAGACAAAAAUAGAGUACGGGGCAGUGAAGGAUGGAGCUACUAUGACCUUCUUCAAGAAAUCAAAAAUUUCCACAUUUGAGAAGAUGUGGGCCUUCAUGAGCAGCAAACCCACAGCACUUGUCAAAAACAACGAGGAAGGAAUCCAGCGAACCCUCACAGCAGAUUACGCCCUGCUGAUGGAGUCGACCACCAUCGAGUACAUCACGCAGAGGAACUGCAACCUGACGCAGAUCGGGGGGCUCAUCGACUCCAAAGGCUACGGGAUUGGGACUCCCAUGGGGUCGCCGUACAGGGACAAGAUCACCAUUGCCAUCCUCCAGCUGCAGGAGGAGGACAAGCUCCACGUCAUGAAGGAGAAGUGGUGGCGAGGGAACGGCUGCCCUGAGGAUGAGAACAAGGAGGCCAGCGCUCUGGGCAUCCAAAACAUCGGGGGCAUUUUCAUCGUUUUGGCGGCAGGCUUGGUGCUGUCUGUCUUCGUGGCCAUGGUGGAGUUCAUCUACAAGCUGCGUAAAACGGCGGAGCGUGAGCAGCGCUCCUUCUGCAGCGCCAUGGCCGAUGAGAUCCGGCUGUCGCUCACCU